AUGUGCCACUUUCAGGUCUCCUCACACUGCUGGUGUGUUCCAUUUUUUUUGUCAUAGGGUGCUGCCAGAUUACUGGCCUCCCAUUGCUGCUGCCAGGCCCGUAAUCUGCCAUGGGCCCCUGUACCGCCUCCUCAUGCUGCUGCCAGGCCCGUAAUCUGCCAUGGGCCCCCGUACCAACUCCUCAUGCUGCUGCCAGGCCCGUAAUCUGUCAUGGGCCCCUGUACCGCCUCCUCAUGCUGCUGCCAGGUCCACAGUGUGUCAUGGGUCCCUGUACCGCCUCCCAUUGCUGCUGUCUCCAUCGCCACACUCUGCCAUGUGCCACUUUCAGGUCUCCUCACACUGCUGGUGGGUUCCAUUUUGUCAUAGGGUGCUGUAUGGCCUCCCAUUGCUGCUGCCUCCACCGCCACACUGUGGCUCCACACUCUGGUUUUGGCCCCGUGACUGCCCAUAUGAGUGAAGUGUGCGGUGAUUCUAAGAUCGACGGCACUCAUCUGCAUGCCAUGCCAUACUGACUGACAGUAUUAUUUCUCUUCCCCAGCAGACUCCAAGGGCAUUUAAAUUAAAGGUACAGUGUUUUGCACUAAUAUAA